CUUAUCGGGUCGGGUCACAUCAAACAGCGUUCUCCGCCAUGGCUGAGGCCUCGCUCUACUUCCGCCAUUGUUGGAUCUCUCUUUCUCCAUUGAUUCACCCUUCGUUAGGGUUUUCAGCGCAAGCCAUGGAUCUGGGGAGAAGAUGGGCGUUUCUCCUACUUGUCUUGCUCUCUUCCUCCAUGGCGUUUGCAGCCUCUUCGGAGCAAAUCCCUGGGAGAGCUGUGAUCGAUGUCAAAGGUGAGCCGGGCUCUGUUGUGUGGGUGGUGCAGCUCUCUGAUCUCCAUUUCAGUUUUUUCCAUCCUGAGAGAGCUCUUGAUUUUAAGAGACUGAUCGGUCCUGCGCUUUCUAUGAUCAACCCUUCGUUGGUUCUCAUCACUGGUGAUCUCACAGAGGGAAAGAGCAAAGAUUUGUUAAUUAUGAAACAAAAUGAGUCGGAGUGGAUAGAGUACCAUGACGUGAUCACAGAUGUCAUCAAAGAAAGCGGACUCAGCAAGAACAUUUUCUAUGAUCUUAGAGGGAAUCACGACAAUUUUGCAGUACCAGUACCUGGUGGCACAUAUGAUUUUUAUGAGAAGUAUAGUGUCAAUGCAAUGCUCGGACGUAAAGGAAAUGUCCAGAGUGUCACUUUGGAGCACAAUGAAUGGAAGCAUCUUUUUGUAGGCUUUGAUAGCAAACAGGAGAUUGGUCUUUGUGGCCCAACAAAUCUAUUUGGUCAUCCGACUGACCAAUUACUCACAGAUUUAGAUAUGGAGCUUUCACAAUGGGAUACUAAAAUAACUAAGUCAUCAUUGACAAAGAUUUCCUUCGGGCACUUCCCAUUGUCAUUUUCUGCACUAUCAGAGUCAGGUAAAAGCCUCAAAAGUGUGUUCCUUAAGCAUUCCUUAUCUGCGUAUCUCUGUGGGCAUCUUCACACAAGUUUUGGCAGUAACUUGAAGCGCCAUCAUCAGUCAAGUAAUCAUUCAGUGUCAUCAAGCGAGUAUUAUCAAUUAAAUAUGCAUCAAGCAUCUACAAGUAAUCUGGAUGUUGCAAACUGUUCUAACGAAGUAGAGCGCCCUGAAGAAUUUUGGGAAUGGGAAAUGGGUGAUUGGAGAAAGAGCCGAGCUAUGAGGAUCCUGGCCAUUGAUUCUGGUCACGUGUCAUUUGUAGAUAUAAACUUUAGGUCAGGAGAACCAAAGGAGAUAAUUAUACUACCUACUUUUCCUUUAGAUUCACGGUUUAUGCAAAGGAUUUCAUCUCAACUUGAUUACCAAUGCCAAUUGUUGAAAACAUCCUGCUAUGAUACUGUAAGGGUUCUGAUAUUUUCGAGUGCUGAGAUUACAUCAGUUACAGCUAAAAUAUAUGACUCCAAGCCUGGAAAUCUUCAUGUAGUACUAGAUUCAACUAUGAAGAAGCUUGCAGGAAAUGGAACCAGGGGAGAUAUUUAUUCAGUCCCAUGGAAUUGGAGGGCAUUUGUUGACGAAUCACCUGAUCGUUAUUGGCUACAGAUAGAAGCUAUUGACAUCACUGGAAGGUCCACUUCUAGUGAAUUGAGGCCAUUCUCCAUCAAUGGUAUUACCAAAACUGUCAGCUGGAAAUGGAAAGAGUUUUUGGUUAUGGGUUGCCAAUGGGUUUCAAUAUAUAACCCUGCUUUGUCAUCUGUUCUCCUAUUGCUCUUCUCUCUACUUCUUAUUCCCCAAGUUUUCUGUAUAUUUUCUAAGAAACAUAACAUACAAAAGAGCUUGAGCCCUAGUUUUGCAGGAAAGAAUGUUGUGGAACUUCUAAUUGGUGGUGCAUGUUGGAUUUUGAUGGAGCUUUCAAGAAUGACAUUGAUAUGGUCAGGAAUCCUUCUAUAUUUGCUCUUUUUGACAUUUUUGCCUUGGUUUUUUGGGCAUGUUUUUAGCGGAAAUGAUGACAUGGCAUAUAUGACCCGUGAAGGAUGGAAGGUUAAAACUUUUGAUGAGAGGAAACAGUUAUACCUCGGAGUGCCUGAUGUUAUGGUGGUUGUUCUACCUCAUCUCUGUUUUGUGGUUUUACCAACAGUUUUAGUAAUAGCUUCAAUGGCAGCAGAGAAAGCAGCAUGCAGGUCAUAUUACCUUUCGUUAUCUGGGAAGAAAAAAGAUGAUAAUUUUGAAGUCAAUAGGAGACGAUCAAAAUUUGCAGACUCUUGCAGAAUUCUGCGCUUUUUGCGGAAGCGAUGGAUGAGAAAACUGCUUCUUUUGGCCUGUGUGGUGAUCUUGUGGAAACAUUGGAAGAGUUGCAGAGCUUUAGUGAAGGCCUAUGAUAUGAACCCGCUUCUUCAUGCCCCCGUGUACUGCUUCUUUGUGCCGGUGAUCUUAAUUUAUGCAGUCUACAAGACAUCAACAGCCUAUACAAAAUCGAUGAAUAGCUGAUUUUACCCUCAGUACAAUUUAAUUCAAUUAUAUAGAAUUUCUCCCAGAUUUUUGGAAGUAGAACACCAAAAUCUCUAAUUUACUGAGAAGUGUAACAUAAGUCUGAAGCCGCUGUGAGGUUCGAAGACGAUUGCACGGACUAUUGCAACUACAUUAGUGUAGAAAUGUACUAAACUUAUUAUGGGGAGAUCUCUCUACUUGUUACUUUUACCUGUUAAAAAUUUUUUGAGAAGUUUAUAAUAGAGAUUUCAGUGACAGUAUUUAUGCAA